GGGAACCAGGAAUAAUCAUGUAUUUUUCUUCAUCUUUUCCCCUCUUAGUUGUUAAUGUCAAAGCAAAAGUAAAAAAAAAGUCUGAUUGAAUAAACAGAAUAGAUGAUAGUAAAUUCUCCGUCAAAGGCCCCUCUUACCUCUACCAAAUGGUUUAACCCCCCUUCUCCACCUGCAGAUUGACAGGAUAGAUCUGACUGUUGUCUUCUAAAUUGCGUGAUGCAACAGGUAGCACCGCAACGUCCCUACAGAAGAUAAAAACCAGGGUUUCAAGAAAGAAGAAAGAAAGGAAGAAGAAUUCUUAGAGACGUGUAGUGUUAAAAGAGGUAAAUUAAGCUAAAUUUGUGAUUUUCCCAGUUUGUUUUGUCGAUUUUUGGCAUGGCUAGAGAGGAGCAAGGCGUGUUAGACGAUGAAGGAAGUGGAGAAAGCAGGAAAAUGAAGUUAAAAAAAAGGUAGAACAGAAGGGCGGUCUGAAGAAAGAGAAAACAGUUCAUUGGCAGAGGAUCUAUGUCUAUGAUCAGAGAAGCUCACCAGUCAUUACAGAGACACGUUUACAGAUUUGCAAACAGAGAGGAAGAAAAAUCAGACAUAACCAGAGAAGCACCAAAAAUCAUGCUGAGGAAACAUGACAUGUACUCUUGAGUUACGUCUGUUUGAAUCUAUAAUUGUUUGCUUAUUUGAAAUGCAAUGUUAGUUCUUUACAGGGUUGGCUCUGGCUGUGGUGAUGGGGCGCAAGAAGACAUAUUUUCAAGAGGCCCAGAAUUCCCAGCAACGCCAUCUCAACUGGAUAUUUCCAGCUGAAGGUUUGGGACUGUAUACAUGUCAACUUUUUCUGGAUCCCCUCAGUUUGAUAUACAACCGUUUGUAUUUGUGUGUAUAUAAAUGUGCAGACAGUUCAUGUUUCUCUUCUACUCUUACCUGCGAAUGUUUUGCUGAUGCCUGCUCUGCUCUGCUCUCGGGAGGAUUUCUUCCCCUGGAAUGUGACGACCUGUUUAUUAGUCACUUGAGACGUAUAACCUCCGCAUAGUGCUGUGGGAUGGUAUGGCAUACAACUGGGACGUAUUUGGAACUGCUUACGGCAUGGUCUUUGUGAAGGAGACACCUCUGUGUUUAGACUGUCUGCUCUGAGUCACUCGUUUUCUACACGUGCAAAAUAAAUCGGAGGCAGACUGCGGAGGAUCCUGCUUGAUCUGAGGAGGAACUCUGACAAUACCUCCAUUGUGCUGAGGUGUCAGACUGAGGCUCUUCCUGUCAGGAGUCUCACUGUAUCUAUAAAUGUAGCAGCUUUCUGAAGGUCUGACCCUGAAAACAAACACAGAGCUGGAUAUCAGAGCAGCUGUUUCUGCUCUGCCUACAGGGUGCAGAGUGAGUGUUGAAGCUAAAGACCCUCUGCCCACCCCGGCCAACAGAAAGGGGGAGGAAAAGGGGAGAGCGGAGAGGGAGGGGUGCUGCCUGUUGAGCCCAAGGUGAAAGGGUGCCACAGUCCUGCGAAUGGAUACGAGGGACUCUCAAUGUGACUCUGCGAUGAGGGGGGGUGCAGAGACAGAAGCCCUCUGUUGCUCAUUUGCCCCUCUGUCUGUCUUUCUUUCUCUCCUCCUCUCCCUCUUUCUCUCACUUCCCAGCCUUCCCAUCUGUAUGUGAUUUAGGCGCAGGCUCAGGGGAGAGGCAGGUCCGCUAGGGGAGAGGAAUCAGAGCAGGGAGGGAGGGAGAGACAGAGGGAGGAAGUCCACACAACUUUGUUUUACAGGACUCAACCCAGGGCCGGGGCUAUCGGCGGGCGCAGCUCUGCAUCUGGAGGUCGGGAGCAAAAAGGAAAAGUGAAGCCGAGUGAGAGGAGACGUUAUUACAGUCAGGAGACGCUGACAGGACACAGAGAGAGAGAGAGGGGGAACCAACAGGAAAACACACAAACAUGGCUGCUGGAUCUCUGUCCUGCCUCUGCCUUCUCGGCAUCCUCUCAGGGAUCGUCUUUUCAGCUUCUGCCGCCAGGAUCAGGGGACAGCAACAGGUCGACCUCAAAGUAAGACACAUUAGAUUUGAUCUCUCAGACUGAGCGUGCUUUCCCAGAUUUGGUUAAAACUUUCCAACUUCUUCAAACUGCACUUGAACCUUCAGCAGUGAGGCCAUCAGUCUUUUCCUCAGAGUUUAGGAUGUGACAGGAUUAGCUCUUUUCUGAGGACUGUUAGUGUCUGUCUGGACUUCACAAAGGUCCUGCUUUGUGUCCAUGUCUGUGUGUGUGUUUGUGUCAUCAGAGGAACCCCGGGGCUAAUGCUCACAUGGGCUCUGAGUUACUGUCUCCACUGCUGUCAUGCCCCUCCGCCCCUCCCUCACAGGGCCCUAAUGGAAACCAGCUGCCAAAGGUUGAGCAACACCCCAGAGAGAGAGGGAGAGGGAGAGAGAGAGGGAGAGAGAGAAAGCACAAUAAGCAGAGUGGGCAUGAGAAGGAGUGCUGCCCUAUGUUGUCUCAGCUUACCAACAAAGGAUAUCACAGAAGAGACCAAAACUUUCUGAGUUCUUAUCAAUUAUCAUCGUAAGAUUUCAACAACAUAAAGAGAUUUCCAACCUCAAAUCUCUUUAUUAGAGACGGGCUGAUGCAAAGAUGCACUGACGCAUGUCUUUUUGUAUAUUCAGUAUUGAUUGUAAUCAUUGUUAUGAAGCUACACCCCUGUGGAGGGACACUGGGCGCUGCCAAAGUGUCACCCUCCUUCAGUGUGAGUGUCUCAGAGAUGUAAUGGUGGGACAGAGAUGUCCCCACGCUGUCGGUGGUUUUAACUGUGGGGUUAAAGAGGUGAGUUGGUGAGCGGAUGGAGCAGGCAGGGCGCAACAGCACUGUGUGUGUGAGUGCAUGUCUGGAUGUGUGUGUGAAACUCCCACUUUGUGUUCACCUCUCAUACCCUCAUAAUGCCAAAAAAAAUUUAUAUGUAGAGUUGAAACGAACUCGAUUGCUGUCCUUGUCCAAGUUUACAUUCACCAGGUAAGAAUUGAAUCAUCAAUUCAGCAGAGUAGUUUGUUGAUUUUAGAGAUCAGCUUAAGUGUCAUUUCUGUGAAGUUAAAUAUCAAACCUCUCAUCCCUUAAAAUGAUGUAUCAUGUAUGAAACGAUAACAGUUGUCAGAUAAUAAAGUCUGGUGUUAAACAGACAGUGUUUUGGUCUGUAAUGUAGGCAGAGGAACAGCAUGAGGAGGUUUCAGACUGAGUUUAAUAUCCUGUCAAAUAACUGCACCUCACUUUUUUUGCUGUGUCUGCAAUCUUUUGUUUGCUGUUACAUGAUCCUGCUAAAAUCCACAGUCUGUGCAGGGUCUAGUCAAACUGUGUGGGUCACUGCUAUCGCCUCAGUUUGAGCAAAACAAACCAAAAACGUUCAUUUUAGAUCAACUCCACCUCAUGUAUACAGGCUCAAGAAUACAGGUCCAUGGUUGAUUUAUUUAUUUUUAAUUUAAUUAAUGUUUAACAGCUCCAAAGUGAGGGGGAAACUAUUUAUUUCUUUAUUUUAUGAGUAUAUUCUGAUGCUGUGUUCACACCAAACAAGAUAAAACCAUUUAUAAACACACGCAUUCUUGUUAGGUUGCAAAUUGAGGGUAUUAUACCUGCAAAUGUCAGAAAUUUGCAAUCCGUUAAAAUUUGGUUCAUUUACUUAUUUGCAAGAGUUGGAAAAUCUAAACUCAAGCUAAUAAUUUGCAUCAUGAUUGCCAAUCAGCAUGUAGAUUCACUGGUCAUGUUUGUCUACAUCAGACCUGCAGAGGUUCAUUCAUCUGGACAAUGCCACUGUUUAUUGGCUGUGAUGUUAAUGAGCAUUCUUGUUAAGGUGAAAAAAAAAGUAAUAAAGGUAAAAAUGAGGAGUUUAUGCCAGAAAAAUAUGUAAAUUUACAGUUUAAAAUGACGUUUGCUACAAACAACAUGCACCAGCGCAGCAAACGUUGCUUCUAUACAAGAUGAAUGUGGCUCUGCACACCUUCAGCUGCAUUAACCUGCAGGACUGCUGCUUUCUAUACUGACAGAACACACAUUUAGGUUUCUAAAAUCUGUUCUGGUAUUUUCUUUAUGUUGUAUGAUGAAAACAAAAGUGCUUCAAUGGACUCUGAUCUCCAGGCUGUAUCUGCAGCGAGAGGCAGGACCAGAGAAAGACUCCUUACAGCUUUUAUGCAAACGUUUUAUUAAGCUGUGGCUCUCGGUAUUUGGCUGCUUUCAUGCUUUGGCAGUUGAUCUGUGUGUAUCAACCCCUAUAAUAAAAACUAUAGAGCCAUAAAUCUUGGAAAAGAAGACGUAAGCGGACACAAAGUGACUUUGAAAACUGAUCUGUAAAAAGAAACACUCUGGGAAAACCGGCUGUAGGUCAAAAUGUUUCAGUAAAUGCAUUUUUCUGGUGAGAUCAAGCUUGUAUAUUUUAAUAAUUUCCUCUUAAUUUAUUUUCAAUUGAACAUGUUUAUUUCUCAGAGUCUUGGCUCUUUAAGUUUAGCGGUCCCUGAGGAGGAGGCCUCGCCCCUGCAGCCAGACUGUCUGUGUUAUUCAGUCAGGAUGAGUUUCUCAUGACCCUGGAUCCGUGUAGUCCUGAGGAUGUUCAGAGGAGUUAGCAUGACUAAACCCACUGUCUGAACCCUCUUCAAGGUCACUAUAAGAACGGCAGCCAGCGCCAGCAGGGAGAGAAAGCGGAAAUGAGACUCAACCUUCAAGCUCCAACAUCUAAUCCACUUAAAGCUCCCACUCUGGGAAAACUGUCGGCAUGCAGACAUACGAACACAGCGUAGGACCAAUAUUUAAAACUUAUCUCUAUAAAACAACUCUCCAGGGACUCAGCUGUCAGUCAGAGAGCCUUCCCGCCCCCUAAUGCCCCGCAGAGAAAGGACACGGCUCCAGUUUUGAAGCCACAUGACCAGAGAGUGUGUUAACUUUGGACAGCACUCAUCCGCCCAGCCGAAUCCUGUUUUUGCGCUUGAUAACAGCUACAUGUGAUCAGCUCUGUGCCGCAGAGAUACAGCCUGAUGGUCCGUCCCAUCAGCAUUUACCCCACAUACUGUAAAUAAGCAUAUACUGUAUGUGCUGGUGAGACAGAGCUGAAGCUCCACAUGCAAACAGAGAGCGGCGUUAUCACAUGUUGAAUGUCAUCUUUGUUCUGCGCUGUGGUGGGCGCAGUGGGAGGGCUGCACAAAUAGCUCACAUUACUGAGUGUGCUCAUAGUCUGCAGGAGGCUGCAAAAUGCCAAGCGUUUUCAUUUGCAUGUUAGAGAUUCAUUAAAGAAUCAGCAUGUCUGAAAUUCCUGUUCGAUCUCUCUGGAUUGCAGCUGCAGGAUCAACCGCAGGAAGUAAACUCUCUGAAAUGAAAAGAGAAGCACCAUUUGGUUAAGGAUUAAAAUCAAAAUUAAAGUCAAUCACUUUUUUUUUUUAGUCAGUCUAUAGUCCAAAGCCAGAUUUUUCUUGCCCGGCUCGCUCUGUCUCUUUAUAGUGAUCAGGUGAUUGUGUACAGAAGGCUUGGGGACGGUGAGUCUCUGUUUUCAUUCUCUCCAAAAAGUGACGCCAAAAGUGGAGGACACCCUCACCUUUGUCUCUUCACACACCUGCUUCACCUCAGUCCUGUAUCGGCCUCAAUCUGAGUGCAAGCUCUCCAUCAUGCGCACUCAUCCUGAUUCUCACUCCUACACUUUUAAAAACUGACACGAGCUUGAUGCACCAUUUUAAAGGAAAAAUAAGUCAAUCAAUCAUUGCAGCCCACCUUAUACUGCUGUUUUGCAACAUAAGUAAACAUGUCAUCCUCUCUGGUACCUAUAGCAUUUAUAGAGAUUGUGAUCUUGAUGAUGAAUGACCUGACACUGAUGUAUGACGUGCAUAAAAUUACACUGCAAAGUCACCCUGCAGUGCACAGGGAUCAAAUCCUCCAAACAUGUGUAGAUAAAUGUUACUCCACAUGUUGCUUGUAAACUCAUGAUUCGUUCCUGUGAUUUAAGAGUCUAAAGAGUUCACGUCCUACCCCCUGACCAUCUGCUGGACCCUCCAACCCCAAACCCUCUGCCUCGUUCCCCCUGUGUUUAUACACUGCAGCUGUUUGAACCAUCACACCCUGUCACACUGCUUACAGGCCCGGACCAUUUCUAAACUCUUUAAGUGGAUUUACAAAUGGUAAACAGCUUUGCAGCUCUGUAACUUUUUAUGACUCCUGGCAGCCAUUUGUGUGCAAAACUCAUUUUUUUCUGUCUUUUAAAGACCCGCGUGUAUCAUCUGUUGCAUUUUUGGAUGUUUACAUUAGAGGUUGAUGCAGCGUGUUUAUGUGGUAGAGAUGGAUGUGUCUGGUAUCAGUGUGUUGGUCAGUGAGAGCCUCAGAAAAGCAGCUCUGCAUAAAGAAUAAGAGCUGCUGUUCACAGGAAGUUCCCCAUGCGCUGCCUACAGAAGCACGUCUUUGUGUCUCAGCCCAGCUGUGAAGAAAUCAAAGGAAAAUGUGAAUCACAAGAGAGGAUACGGCUCUGUCUGUCCGUCUGUCCCUGGAAUGUUCUGGAUGUUAUGAAUGCAUGGCAUUAAUGUCCACUCCACUGAGCGGGACGUAGAGGUCAAACCAUGAACUCCUUAAAGACUGCAGCGUCUGUACGCCUCACUGAAUGCUGCUGCUUCAAACGUUCAGAGACGUUCAAAGGCUAGUUCAAAGGGCACUGUGCGCAUAUCUGUGUGUGCACGAGAGUGUGUGUGUGUGUGUGUGUGUGUGUGUGUGCAGGAUGGCGGCAUUACACCAUCCUGAGAAACUCUGGUGAACAAACACCAGACAGGAUACAGCUUUCAAAGUGACUCCGUAAAAACGAGGAAACUACUACAAGUCAGACACAUGUUUCUAAAUCACUUGAAGAGGAUUUCAGUCCAUUUGUUAAAGAAAAAAAACAUGUUAUUAAUUACUCUUGUUUCAUGUUUCAUCAGCUCCUCCUUUACCAACACUCUGUAAACAUAUGUGAACCCAGCAGACCAGUUUCUAGGGUUUGAAAAUAUGUUCCCAUUCUUGCCUGAUAUGGGGUUUCAGACAGUUCAACAGUUCAAGGUCUCGAGGUCUCCUUUGACAUGUUUUUUUUGAGUCAUGAUGCUGCUACAGUUUAGCAGCAGGACUCUUCUACUACAGAGUCACACUCAUGUAUUAUGUGCAGAGUAUGAUCUGAAAAAAAUCCAAAAAAUCUUCAUCAGGCUCAGGCCAAGAGAAGUCAUGUCAAAUUUAUAACGUUUACAGAAACUGUUUUUGGAAGUGAUUUUAGCCCCAUGCAGUGGUUUCCCAGACUCAUGUCUGUAUUUAAUUUAGUGUUGCAACCAUAGACUGUAUAUACCAUGGACAACUUGGUUCCACCUUCCACCAGUAUACAGAUUUGAAGCCGAAAAGCUCUCGGUAUUUCCGCGAUUUUUCUCCACUUCCUGAAACCAACCCAGUCGCACUGUACGCACUCCCCCACUUGCACAGUAGCAUUGUACGCAUUCAACAGGAGAGUCGCACUGUGAUGACGCUCGGCUCAAACAACGUAUCCCUCGGAUGAGCUACGCAAUCUUCGUACGCCCAUAAGCUGUAUCAAGUGUCAAUCAUAGAAAACAUGAACCCCCUAAUAACUUUUAAAAAUGGAGCUGCACAGAUAAAAGAGGACUUGUGCACAAACCAGUCUGACAGUAACUACAUGUCAACAUCGCAACCAGGGGAAAGAAACAUUCAUAUUCUGUGUAAUAAAUUUCUAAAGUUUGUCCACAGCUCCAUAGGGAUUGCUGGAGGAGGCGGGAUUUAUGACCUAUACUGCAGCCCAUCACCAGAGAGUGCUGUUCUCAGGGUGGCUUCACCCAGUGAGGAGGCAGACGGCGUCCAUUCUAUAUACAGUUUAUGCAGUUUCCAAACUUCUUUAAAAUUCCUGUUAUAUCAGCUGAAAUCAGGGUUGUGGUUUUGUUUUAACUUGAUUUUUGUCUCUUUUUCCACUGUAGGUGUGUUCAAAGGGGUUUUUCAUGAGCGAGCAGGACGUUUGCUUACCGUGUAACUGCAAAGGCCACGCCGACUACUGUGAAGACAUCACUGGUGUUUGUAUAGUAAGUUUCCCCACAGUGCCUAUCGCUCACUGAGGAAUUAGAGAGGAGAGUUCACUUUAAUUUCAUGAUGGUGAAAAUCCGACCUUUUCAUUACAGCUGUUGUGAUGUGUUAUUUUAGAAUUGCAGGGACCACAGUACAGGGGAUUUCUGCGAGAUGUGUGAGGACGGCUACAUGCCGGCUUCAAGCCUGGAUGGACGCCACACCUGCAAACCGUGCGCCUGCCCCCUCUCUGUCCCCUCCAAUAAGUAAGCCGGCCCUGGUCUUGUUUCUGUAACCACAAGAUUGUGUGUUGGCAAGCAGUGAAUAAUCUCUGAAAUACUUUCCCCCUGUGUGUUUGGCCAGCUUCGCAGUGUACUGUGACAGAGGAGGUGCCAUCCUGCGGUGCAAGUGCAAACAGGGCUACGCUGGACAUUUCUGUGAGAGGUCAGUGCUGAGGCGGCUCUGAGCGAUCAGCCAAAGAGUUAAACGUGCACAGAUUUUCUUCUUCCAGUAUAAAAACAAACUGUAAAGCAGUAAUAAAGGUGAAAUCGGAUAGAAUAUUUGAUUUUAGAUGUAUAAGCAUAAGAAAAACAAUCAGUAGAUCAGAGAUUAACCAGGUUUGGAUUUGUGCAUAUCAACAGGCAGUGAUGUUGUCUUUAUCUCUCAUCUUUCCCACUCAGGUGCGCUCCUGGUCACUAUGGCAACCCAAUGGAGCUCAGUAACACUUGUAAGAGAUGCGACUGCAACGGCAACUCAGACCCCAACCUGAUUUUCAACGAGUGCCACAAUGUGACAGGCCACUGCCAGCACUGCUGGGGAAACACAGCCGGACCCCACUGUGAGAGGUGUGCUCCUGGUUUCUAUGGCGACGCCAUCAGUGAAAAGAACUGCAGAGGUGAGGGCAACGUGGAAAAUACUGCAAUGAUCCACUACAACCAAACCUAGGUGUGAUUAGUCAAUGCCUCAAUUUCAUUUAGUAUGUGUUUGAGAUGUUAAAGGGACAUUUCAGAGUUUUUUUAAGUGGGGCAGAGUCUUCCCCUUUCUGCGUUAAAGAGGCCAAGCUGACCAAGGUCCAUUUUGGCUGGUAAACUUACAAGUGACACGUAUCUCAUACAACCUCAUUUCAAAAGCACUGAAAUAUCCCUUUAAUAGGUGAAAAAAUGUCAGUAUUGCUUAAACCUGCCACUGCACAACAGACCGAAUUGACUGCAACAUGUCUGAUUGAAGUAAAAUGUUUUGAUUUGCAAUCUGGGAUAACUAAUCUGAGUAUUGGAGAAAAAUUUCAUAAAGGAUCUGGGAGGAACACGCUGCAGUCCUACUCCUCUAAUUCACAUUUAUUGAUGCUUCCUGCUCAUGCCAGAGGUAUUGAUAUUGUUGCAUAAUGUGUUUUAAAACCCGAACAGUUCUACAAGAGCAACUCUAGCCACAAAGCCUCAUGUGUAAUGAAUGCACUACAUUUCAUCAGCUCUGUUGAUACAGCUGCUGCAGCUGACUGCUGAACAUUCCCGUCAUACAGUAAUGACAGCAGCUCCACAUUCCUGCAGAUCAGGCUGUUACGGCGCAGAACGACCUGCAGCGAUGCGCCAAAUAAAAUCUCCAGCAGAUUUCUUCAAACCACAGUCUGUCUCUGCGAUAUUUAAAUGAAUAAACAUGCAGCUGAAGUUUAUUUGUCAGUGUUACAAACUUCUGUCAUACUAAAGGACUUCAGUGGUAAAACAGGACAAGGUCAGCGUGCAGGAUGCAGGAUUACAGUGAGCCUUUUGAGGCUCUCGAGGUCCAAAAAUAUCUCAUCUGUGACAUCAGUCAACCUCUAACGUUCUUCUCUUUGCAUGUCUGCUGCAGAGUGCGAGUGCAACAAAUGCGGCACCUCCUCAUGUGACGAUAGGACCGGAGUGUGUCACUGCAAGCCCGGGGUCACCGGACAGUUCUGUGACCAGUGUGAGGUGAGAGCAACCAUGUGACAGGAAGUUUCUUAUUGAUGGAAGAUUCUUAUUGAUGACAGACUCGUCACAAGAGUUCAAAAACAAUCUAAACAGAAAUUUCCAGAUUAGUUGAACCUAUCCAUCUUUCAUUUUUGUUGUUAUUGUCUGAAACCUUUGAUUUCCCCAUCUUUGGGAUCAGAAAUAUUGCACCAAAGUCAGCUCACUUAGCAGCUCUACAUCUUUCGGUCUACGCUCAGAACUCUCCUACAGGAGGCUUAAAACUCUCUGUAAAUAUUCUGUAAGCUUCUUUCUCACCUCAGUGAAGAAGGAAUCCAUCUCUCCUCCACUUCACUGCCUCCAACCCCACUUUGACUCCUGGAAUCUCAUCCUCAGUCAUCCUAAUCAUCUCCUUAAACAUGCAGCCCUCGUGCAUUUCUCUUGUGAUCAGUGCGGGUCAGGGGUCUCCUCAGACUCACUGUAGGUUUGAUCUGUGAUGAAAAACAAACCAAGGGGGGAACUCUCAUAGAAUUGAUUUCUGCUACUUAUAGCGCUAAGAAUUGUGCAUCAUUUGCCCCCUCCUCAAAAUCCAAUUCACAAAACAUGCUGCUGUAUUACACUCAAAUACAAACACCCAUGAAGCUCUGCAGCUCUGUUUCUACAGUUUGCUUUUGUUUUGCAUCUGAUUGUGGAAUUGAGCUGUCAGCAUCUCCUCUUUCUAAUAAGGGGGCCCGCAUACAUAUAUAAAGAGUUCCACUACUGUCAGGGCAGUAAAGACAUAGGGUGCAAACUAGUGUUGUGUCAUUCGCGAACGAUUCGUUCAAAAUAACCGAAUCUUUUAAGUGAACGUACUGAAUCACUUCCUCGAGUGAUUCAUUUGUUUCUCACUUCAGUUGAGCGGAAGUGAGAAACAGCAUUGCCAGGCUAACAGUCGGCGAACGAGGGACCACAUGCACCGACACCUGAAUCACUUGGUGAACGAAUCACGCUUUGAACUACAUUCUCUGGAAUCAUUUUUGUUGGACAAAACUACCUUUUUUUUCUCACUGCUAAAUUGCCACCACAACAACUUGCAUACGAUAGGACACAGCAUGUAACAAGUAUUGCAUUAAACCGGCAGCAUCCUAUCAUUGCAGCGGUUUGCGAGGGAACGGUGCAUGUUCAGUGUGAUUUCUUCUAAACGUUCAGUGAACGAAUCACUAACUGACCCCGAUUUACCGAGCAGACCUGAUACCAUAGGACCGUACACUUAAAACAUCAUGACUUUUAAACAAGUUCAUUUUUACAAACUUGUUUAAGCAACAAAGCCAAACACUCUCGUCUCCCGGUCCCAGAAGCUCUGAAUUUAACUGAAUCCAGAACCGUUCAGCUGUGUAUCAGUUCAGGAGGUCGGAGUUGCAGGCUCCUCCCACCAAGUGAUUGGUGAUUCUGUGAUUCGGUGAACAAAUCUUUUGAACAAAUCAUUUUAGUGAACUGUUUCUAGUGAUUCAGUACAUCUGAAAGAACUGCCAUGGCCAUCACGAGUGCAAACAACAAAGUAAUCAGGACAUAACAUAUGCACAUUGUCAUAAAUGGAACAUAGACUGAUGAUCAACCAGCCCAUCCAGAGAUAGAGAAAUUAUAUGUAUACAUAAAAAGAAAAGAAACAUGAACAUAACAGAUAAUGACGUGUUAAGAUAUGAUUAGAUGAAAUACCCCUUUAAAAAAAAAAAACAUGAAGUAAACGUGUCACUCCAAGUGUGACGUCCAGUGAAUACGGCCUGUUGGUUAAAAUCCCAAACAGAGUCAACAUUGGUCCAGGUUCAGGUCCACGCCUCUGAAACGGGUCAUCUACUUAAUAGAUGUAGUUUUGCUGUAUUCCCAGAUCUUAGCACUGGUUUUGGUGUGUGAUGUAAUCAUAAUUGAAUCAUAAUUGUCAGAAAAGAUGGCCAAAGCUUGCAGAAUGAGAGCCCAGCUCUGAUGGAAGUGUUUAAUGAUGAGCCGGGACAGCCUCGCACUGAGGUCUGACUGUGUUUCUCAUUCAUGUUCUCCAGGAGGGAUACUCGGGUUUCUCCAGCUGUCAGGGCUGUCGGAGGUGUGAAUGCGGGCCAGCUUCCACCCGCCCCACCUGCCACCCACUCACCCACAGCUGCCCCUGCCAUCUGGGGGCGGGAGGGCGUUACUGCGAGCGCUGCCUGCCAGGAUUCUGGGACUACAGCCCGUCCGGCUGCCGGAGUAAGUCAUCUGUCCAUCAUAGCACACGUCAAAUGUUCUCCCUCUACGGACUGUUUGUUGAAACAUUCAAUUCAGAAACCGCUUUCCCAGCGGAAGAGGCUGCGGCGAAUCCUCACGUUCCCACGCCCACUGACACAGUAGAUCACAUGAUGUCAGAGAGGCAUCUGCUGAGAGAUGUGACCCUGCAACCGGAGGCUCUACAAAGAGUUGAAUGACAUCACCAUACAAUCCAAAUCCACAUACUCACACACACACACACACACUCACUGACACAGCUGCAGAAACCAUCAGUCCCACAGCAGAGAGACCACAGGACAGAUGUGCAGCGCUCCAUCCAAAACACCAUCUGCUGGUCUUGACAUAGAUUAGCAAACCGCUCUGACCGAUUUCCAGCAGAUUUGAGUUCAGGCUGAUGUGCUGAUGCUCUGAUUUGAAAUGUUUUUUUUGUUUUUUUUCCACAGAGUGCGACUGUGAGAGUGGACACUGUGACAUGCACACAGGAGAGUGUCUGCCAGAGGCUGCGACAGUCAACCUGUGCAACAUCAGUGAGUGACGAGAGAGCGAACAAGAGGCUACGAUACAGCCGAGCUUUGAAGGGAUGUUUCAGUGUUUUGAAAGUGAGGUUGUAUGUCAUCGGAAGGUUUUGUAGACACAAUAGUGCCAUCAACUCCGCUUCUUCUCUAUGUCCAUGCUCCUGUAUGUGCCCUCAAAAAAGGUGAGGAUCAGGCCUUUAAAGGCACGGUUCACAAAUAAAGAAGCAGUUGAAAAAAACUGAGCCAUGGAGGCAGAUUUGAAAAAAGCGUCCUACCCCCCACACGCAAACCUCUCCCCUCUGUGCUCCACGAUAACCCCCCCCACCCCUGAACCUGUAUCGCCCUCCCAACAACACACCCCCUCUUAGAUUCAGAACUGCCAAAAUGUUCUGUAAUGUUCUGUUCGAUGAACAGAGCCAACAGCCCGCGUUUGGCUUAAGCGUGUGAUGACGUUUCCAGCUUUUCUAGCCACUCAGAGGUGAAGGAGGCGGGACUUUCCCCCAUCGUCCUACAAAAUAAAAUAUCACGUUCCAGACGGAUGGCUCCUAUUGGUCAAUGUUUUUGCAGCCCUGCAGCUGAUAGGGUGAACUGAUUUUUUCCAUUCUUCAUUCUCUUCACUUUGUGGAGAUCACACUAAAGGACCAUGAUCGCCAUGUAAACGAGGUUCAUAAUGAUUACCAAUCUCUCCAAUCAUCAACCAUGCCUUUAACUACCUCCAUCCCUACCUCCACUUUUUUUCAGGUCGACUUGAUUUGACUUCAUAUUAAUGAAAACUGCAGGAGAACCAUCCAAAAGCUAGGCUACAGCUACACUAUAGCUAGACUGUCGCUAAGGCACUUACUGGUUGCAUAAUAUUCAGACAACCCCACUUCAAAAAUACUGAAAUGUCCCUUUAAAAACAUAAAAAACUACAUUGACUCUUUUCCUCUUUGUAUUCCAGGCUGUGAUGAGUGUAUUUGGCAUCUGAUCGGCGAUCUGCGCCUGUCCAAUAAGACGCUGGAUCAUCUGAAAGUGGGCGUGUUGAACAUCUCCACUGGUGCAGCUGCAAACGACAGACUCAAAUACUACAACUACACUGCUCACCGACUGCGGGUUCGUGCACUAAUUUGUUUUAAAAGUCUCAGAAUGGCUCCUGCGUCUUUGAAAAUUGACCUCUGUUUUACUGCGGACUGGUGAAAGAGUUUAUUUGCUUUCCAUCCAGACUCAGUUUCAAGGCUGGAGAAAUAAGUCCUCUCAGAUGAGGGCCCAAGCCAGCGAUCUGGAGGAGGCUGCAGAGGCGGUGGUUUUGGAUAUCAAACAGCUCGGAGAAUCGGUCAGCACAGCCGUCAUCUUUCAUUUAAUGCACAUGUGGAGUUCAGAGAUUUUGUAGUUUAAGCUCUGGAAGUAGAAUUUACCUCAUGAUCUUUCCACAGGCAUGCUCAAAUACAGAAUAUCAUAUUAACACUGCGUGGGUUUUAACAGCAAACAGCAGCCCGUUAAAUCAGACCUGACAUGUUCCUACAACUCAAAGGACACGACACCUGAUAGUUCCAGUGCAGUCUUCAUGAGUAAGUGUCUGAUUGAUUCUUAUAUUGAUCAGUUUUGUGGUGUUUUUUUUUCCAGGAGAGUGUGGUGGAGGCUCUGGGGAACAAACUGGAUAAUGGCACCUUGGAGACCGUCACACUGGCCAAGCAGCUCAGCACAAACCUCACUGAACUCAACGAUGAAAUCGAAGGUACAAAACAGUUUUGCUCAGAAAACCACAGACUUAAUUAACUUAUUCACAAAACAGGAUAUCAAUGUUGACACGCCACUUUGAUUUUGAGCAGUUUUGUCCUUUUAGUAGACUGCAGUUAACCUCAAGCUGUGUCCUCUUGCUUUUUCCUUCUUGUGUGAUAGAAAAUAAAAACUCUAUUGUGUGUUAAAAUGGUGCACUACACUCAUAAUGACUCCAAGACGGAUCACUUUAAAGUCAGAGUGAUCUGCACUUUGUGUCAAACUGAAUUUAAAGGUAGGGUAGGCAGGAUCUGAGGAAGUGCCAGUUUUUGGGAAGAAAUCUUGAAUGUAAACUCUACCCCUCCCAAUCAGUUUUCCCCUCAGCUCCUCCUCUUUCCUCCCUCUCUGCUCCAGCAAGCCCUGCCCACAAACAGACGCUCCUGCUCGCUCGUAUCAUUCCAAUUAAAUUCAGAUAUAAUGCAGAUAAAUACUUCAGAAAAUUACAAAUGGGGCCAGUCAACGUGAAAGUAAAGAGCAUUAGUGCUACUGUAGAUGCCAACAGACUACCAGCAAACACAAAAUUUACUUCUACAACUAGGAUAAAGUGACAUAGUCCAGGAACCGAGGUCAACAGUUUAGUGGUGAUUCAACACGCAGCAGGUCCCAUUUGACAAGAAACCCUUCUGUUACAGACACUUGGCUUACUUUGUUAAAGCGGUUUACCUGUCCAGCAGAAAGUUUACAGGGUCUGUAAGAUCCUAAAGCGCUCCCUAUCGUUUAAGCUUCACUGAUGUUGACCCGGCUUCUUAGUUCUUGUCCAGUCAACCUCUUUUUUUAAGCGCCUGUUAUUCCGCCAGAGUCUCGGGUAUUUAAUUCAUUUCAUUGCUUGUGUUUUCCAUACUUUCUGGUUGGUUUCUACUGUCCGAUAUUGGGGCGUGCCUUACAACACGGGGGAGCAGCGUCUGCCUCACAACCAAUCAGGUUGGGGGGAGGCGGAGAACGGCUUUGUUUACCGUCAGAAAGAGCGGGCCGCUCAAAAGUUUAAAAUGUUGACUACAGGGACAUAACAAAAUUCAGCGAUAUCAUGAUAUUCCCAAAUGUCAUCAAUAACUAAAAGCUGUUGUCUGAUAUUAAAAGCUUUUUUGUAUGUACACUACAAGAAAAGAUGCUUUUUUAACAGAAUCCUGCCUACACUAACUUUAAGUAUCUCUAAAGUACUUUGAAUAGAUUUAAACUGGACUUGAAAGCUGUCUUGUCAUCUGACAUCUCUGAUAUUUAUACACUGACCAUGAAACAUCAUGCAAGUUGCAGUCUCAACAUUUUGAACAAAGAUGUCGAGCAAAAAAUAGAUCUGACUGGUCAGACCAGCAGCAUAAAUCUUUGUUUGGCAAACAUUUCAUCGCGGUUACUGAAUUUAGAGCCUUUACUCGCUGUCUGGUUGGUGUAUGAAUGUGGUUCCCUAACUCAUCUGCAUUUGUGUAUAAUUCAAACAGAGAUGAUUCAUGAGUGGGAGCUCUACAGCACCCACCAGGAUGUGGAUCCAGAAGUGGUCAGAGAGAACACUGAGAUGGCCCAGGAGAUGGUGGCCUGGAUGAGGACGCUCGAUCUGUCCCCUCGAGAGCCCAUCGCCACGGACGAGUCAACUGAAGCUCAUGAAUGUGAGUAGAGACAAAGAGCUGCACAAAACUAACAGAUGUCUGAUGUCUUUGAUAAAAGUGGCAAAAUAACGCUAGCUAGCACAGCAGAUAGUAUACAUAGCAAUUGCUGUGUUUCCUGAAUGGUUGAUGUUUGAUGCUGAUGCAAGUUCUCGUGUUUCUGAUUUAUGUGUUUCCAGUGCUGAGGCGAAUCCGUCAGCUGGAAAAGAAGCUGAUAAACACAGACAGCCGCCUCCCGCCUGUCAGAGAGCUCCUGUCCCGGUUCUCCUCCAAGCUAUCAGACGCUCAAGGUUUCCUCCAGAAAGCGGCCGGCAACGUCCAUGAGACGGUGGACACAAACAGAGCCAAUGCCCUCAAAUUCCAGAGGAAUCAGGUGAUUUCCCAUGAUCCUCCAGUCCUCUGUUUGGUGCAUCUCUUUAAGCACUCCCUUCUCAAUCAUGCAUUAAAAGAUUUAGCAAACAGUCUUGUUAGAGAGCUGCGAAAGAAUGUACUGGUGUUGAAUUCCUCUUUAAAGUGCAGUCUGCUUAUUCUCCUCUCCUCGUGUGUCAAACAAUGUGGAGUUCCUGUCCGUAAAAACACAUGAAUACUCUAACCUCAGCGCUCACUGCGCUCUGUCAGAGGAGCUUGUAAAGGAAAGAUCUGGUUGUUGUUUGUCAGUGGGGUCCAUUACUCAUGCUGUUUCAGGCCUGAGAACAGAAACACUGAACCAUCUGUGGGAGAUUAGGACUGUUACAAGUUGGGGCCGACAUAGGGGGAGAGAAAAUGUUGCAAUGCAGUUUCUUUUCUUUUCCCAUGAUAGUAUCAAGAACUAACCCACAGAAAAAUAGUUUCAUUUUCCCAAGACACAGACGACACACUGAAUUAUUACUGUUUUAGACUAAGACGAAGAGAGCUGCUCUCCUUACAAUAUUCAGUCUAUAUGGGAGAUAGUGAAGCUGUAGCAUGAAGCCAUCUCUGUGCAGGAAAUUUAACCAGAUACUGAUCUGCCUCUAUACAGCAACAGAUAUGUGCUGUAUGUAUCAGUCCCUGUCUUGAAAACUUCCAUGCAACAUAACACCACUAUGAGUUCUUAUUAAAGGGAUAUUCCGGCAUAAAAUUAAGUUAGUUGCUGACCACUUGCAUCUCUAGUUAUACCAACUUGAGUAACGACCGCACGAUAGCAAUACACAGCGGUCUGAGGAGCCAUAAACAAACCUCAACCAAAACGCCACUCUAUAGCCACAAAUAAUGCUCAGAACAGCACCUAACUUCAUCAACAGUACAUAUAGGGUCCCAGCCACAGCACUAGCCACCAAACAUCUUUUUAACUUUGCAAAGAGACUAAAUACAACUCACCUACUCUCUUCCAGCAGCCACUUGUUUGUGCAGAGUCCCCAGGUGAGUCCAUCAACUGUAGUGGGGUGCCGCAGCUUAAGGAAGAACAUUUAUGAUCAUUCCUUCAUGGAAAUGCAAUCAGACCGAAACGCUAAGGCAGAAGAACUACCGUGUCUGCAAUGCAAAAUUAUAAAUAUGAUGAUUAUCACUUACAGGAAAUGAUAAAGUAAUGAUCAUAAAUGUUCGUCCUUAAGCUGUGUCACCCCGCUGCAGUCAAUGGACUCGCCUGAGGUCUCCGUACAAACAAGCGGCUGCUGGAAAAGAGUAGGUAAGCUGUAUUUAGUCUCUUUGCGAAAGAAAUUAGGAAAAUUUUGGUGGCUAGUACUAUGGUUGGGACCCUAUACCCCAUUUGGGCCUCUGCUUCCAAUUUUCAAGGUAAAUGUUUAGAGGUACAGCGUACACUCGCAGAUGUACAUACUUGGUUUUAUAUAAGAAGGUCACAGAUGCGACUGUGGUCUCGGCAGAAUUUACAUUCUGGAUUUUAGUGUCUCUCUCUGGAUGUGUUGAUUUAUCACUGGGUUAAAUCCGGCACAGUUGGAACUUGGAUCAGGGCAGUUGUGAUCUGGUCCUCACGGUCGUGACCUGGCUGAUAUUCUGGGUCUGCCGUCCAGCAGAACAGCUGCUGCUGAACUCUCUGUGUAUCAGAGUGUGUGUUUGUGUAUCUGUGUGCACAUGUUUUAUCAAGACUGCUGAUCUCCAUGAUCAGGGCUUCUGCUGUAAAUCAAUGCCAUGAAUGGUGCACUAACCAAACACGGAGCCUCUCCUAAUCUGUGGCUCUUCCACGCCACGGCACAGACCGGUCAACCCCGGCUGCGGACACGGCGUGCACACUGCACGGUCACCGCAGCCAAUGGAAUGAUCUCAUCAUUGUGCCAUACCCAGUCAUGCAGGCAAAUUACAGAUGGGGGGUGAUACUGUAACCCACUCAACCCUCUGCAGCGACCUCAUAGAAUAUCUCCGGCAAUAUGAAACUUCCUGGAAAAAAGGAGCUACAAAUAUUUUCCAAAGCCUUAUCAGUUAAAAAUGUUUGUCAUGAAGUUAUCUAUAAUAAGUGCUACAACCUUUAAAAGCAAGGAUCAAAUUUACCCUCACUAACAAGUUUACUCUUUGACUUAGAGAAGCUUAAGUUGUGCUAAAUUCAAUAUUUUCUUUGUCCUCGUACCUUCAGGCAAAGCAGCAGAGGGUGACGGAGGACCACACUGCCGUCACAGACACCCUGGAAACAUCUGCAGCCUUUAUCUCUGAAGCCCAGCAGGCUGUAGACGGGAUGGAUGCUUUAGUGCAGGUGAGGUCUAAAUGACAGUCUGGACCCUUGAGGUUUCACAGGAUGAAUGUGAAGAAUGAAAUCAUCUCCGGGUCCCUGAAGUCCAAUGAUGCUCAUGUUUCUUUAUGGCAGACUGGAUGAGGGAGUGUGUUUCUAAUCUAAUAGACUGAUAUUAGGCUGCAGUAUCUCAGGCCUACAUUGAAUUUAUUCAUGAAAUAGAGUCUGUGUCAGAUCCUGAAAUAAGCCAAUUUGAUUUGAAACCAAUUUAUGGAUUGCCUGAGAUCAAAUAAGCCGUGUUCUCAAACAGCUCUCCACUUUUAGUCCAGUAGCUCUUCAUGAGUUAUCCUGUGGAGGAUAGCAAUCAUCCUGAGGUAACAAUGUUAGCUUAAGUGUGCGUGCGUGUGCGUGCGUGUGUGUCUGUGAGUGAUAUAUCAUAGGGAACCUGAAUAAUUUUGCAUGUAAUAAGAUAAAUGUUUGUAUAAUCGUGUGAGUCUCUGUGUGUUUGCAUGUGUGAACAGAACGUGUCUCAGUACCACGCAGCGAUCGAUGGAGCCAGCCAAAAGCUGAAGGAGAAGACGGAGCGUCUGUCGCUGGCGGACAGGGAUCUGGUACAGAGGGCUGACGAUCACGCCGAGGAGAUGGACAGACAGGCCUACGAGCUGGAGGAGUGAGACUACUAGAACUUUUAUUAUUACUAUAACAUAACUGUUAGUAUUAUAUAACCAUAAGUUAGUUAGCUGAAAUAAGCCUACAGUCUCAGAUCUGAAUACAAGUCCAAGUUUAAGCCCAUAUUAAGUCAUAGCAGCAUAUUAUCUAGGCAGGGGAAGAUUGGGACCAUAAUUCAGGCCAGGAGUUUGACUCCAUCCAGGCCAGGCCAAUACACAUUGACAUGGAAAUGCUGGCACCGGUGAAAAGUUUUGGACAUUUAAAGCCAGAUUUAGUGAAUAUAACGCUAAUGUGAAGAACCGUAUCUAGGUACUGGUCCAGGCUUGUGACAGUCCUUGAUGUAGAGCAGCAAAAAUAGACUCGUCGCGUAUCUUCAGCAGUGCUGCUCUCGAUACGCUUCUGUUACGAUGCUGCAACGGAGCUGAUACGCCUCCUGUAUGCGAUGCUGCAUUGAUUUGAAUAGCAACCUAUUUGUUGCGUGAUUCGUGACGCUGCUGCCAUGCUCCAAAUACACAUCCUGUAUGUUCAGCCUUUAGGCUUAGAGCAGCAUGACUAGGGUGACCGUAUGUUCUCUUUUAACCGGACAUGUCCUCUUUUUUGGGGGCUGUCCGGCUUUGUCCGGGGAAGUUUAUAAAACCCUUCAGAUGUCAGCGGUUUUGUAUGUGAGUUUCGAUUUUGUGUCAUGUGGACUUACUAAGUUUGAAGCGCUUAAGACACUCUCAAAAUUAACUUCGUGCAACUCCGUGGCUCCGCCCCCACAUAGUCGUGUCCUCUUUUUGGGAAGUCAGAAUAUGAUCACCCUAAGCGUGACACAGAUCUAGUCCAAGCCUGAUCUGAAACAAGCCUGUAUUAGCGUACUGGUCUAAGCUUGAGCUAGCUUAAACCUUGAACAGCAUAACUGAAAAGUCUUUGAACUCUAAAGGCGGCCUUAAGCCUUAAGCAGCAUAACUAAGAUCUGUUUUAGACCUGUGCCAAGACUAACUUUAAGAGUAGAAGGGGUAUCGGCCCCCAAAGACCCAGAUCCAAAGGAGAGGGGCUUGAUAACCGAGAGCUCUACCUCCCAUACUACUCUUAGAUGCUCCAGGAUGCUCAUUUUUGGAGCGCAAUGACCUAAAGGGAGAUAAAGCUCUACAAUCCCUCUGAGAUGUGAUGAUGAGCAGACACUGAAUUGUUCAUUACGGGUUACUCUGAAUAUGCGCCGCCUUCUGUUCCUCUUCAAUGCGAGAAUAUUGAUUAAUGCAGCUUAAAAUUUGAUAUCGCGUCUAAGAGCUCUGGGAAUUUUUGAUGUUGUUGUGUGCAAUAUUGGAACAAUCAAAUGAGGCUGUAUCAUCCAUCAUCCUGUCUCCUCCAGGGAUCUGAGAGAGAGCGAUGCCAACGGCUUUGUGCAGAGAGCCAUCAGUGCUGCCAACGUCUACAACAACAUUGUGAAAUACAUGGACGACGCCAAUAUCACCUCCAUCACCACUCUCAACCUAUCCCAGAGAGCUGAGGAUGUAUGAGCUUUCUUAUCAAUCCACAGAAUAAAGCCGUUUUUACCAGCAGCAUCAUCUGUUGCUAUGUUUUAUGAUAUGUGUUUCAGGCCAUCACUGGGAUCAACGCACAGCUCGGAUAUCUGGUGAAACAGAGUGACAACGUUUUCAAGGAGUCUGUGUCGCUGCAUUCAGAGCAAAAAGGUAUGAGACCCGCACAGAAAGAAGUAAUCAAUCAUUUUCCUUUAUAGUUUAUUUGUUAUUUAUCAGAUAUCCUUCUAACGGUCGAUAUCUGUCCGUCGCAGAGGUUGAAACCGAAGUGGUCGAACAGCUGACUUACAUUGAAGAGACCAAAGAGACCAUGGAGAAAAACACCAAGAAACUGGCAGAAUUAAAAGAAGAUAUCAGCGGGAUCCACGCAGGUAAGUAAAAACAUCAUAUCAUCUGAAGCAGUCCUCCAUCACAUUUCAUUCAUACUGCGUAGAGACCUGUUAUAAUGGGGCUUUCUCAUGUGCAGUCUCUAAUAUAGUGGCCUGAUAUUUAAAAACCAUUUUUAACUAAUUAGGUUGUGAUUGUAUGUCCAAUAUCCCAAGACAGAAAACCCACAAAUCACAGUCUAUAGUCCUACUUCAUUAUCAUUUUCAUCUCCCUUCACUUUUAUGACGAAUAAAAUCCAAAAUUCAAAUUAGCAAAGGGAAAAAGUGGCGCAGCAGGUACCCGGGAAUGACCUCUGAUCCCUUUUAAGCCUGAGAUAUGAUAAGUAUCUACUUUCAAAAUGACAAGAUGCGACUCCAGGCUUUAAAUUGGACAUGACAUCAAACUGAAGUAUAGAAGGUUUAUUCGCUCAUGAUAUAAAGGUCUACAAACUGUCUGCAAACAGAACCAGAACUCAUCAGAUUGCCUAUCUUCUUCCACACUGCAGACAGGACCCCCCAGCGGCUGGAGUUCACCCUAGAAGUUGCUGAGGGGACUCUGAACCGCUCAGCAGAGGUCCUUCAAACCAUCACCCCCAUCAGCAGCAAAGUGGAGGAGUGGGCGGUCAGCAUGAGGAACAACGAGUUCUCCACCGAGGCGUACGAACGAGCCGUCGAGUCUGCAGGGGGAGCAGGUAUCAUCUGUAGUACCGUUGUUUUUGUAUGUGAUAAGACAGUGAAUUUCCAGUUUUUAAUGUUUUUUAUGAUUUUCCUUUUUUUUUGCAGUGGAGAGCUUAAACGGACUCGUCCCUGAGCUUCUGAACAAGCUGAAGGUGGUUGAAGAGAAGAAGCCGGUCAACAAUGUGACCACAAACAUCAUGAGGAUCAGGGAGCUCAUAGCUCAGGCCAGGAGUGUGGCCAAGAAGGUCAGCGCUUUAUUUUAAAUAUGCUCAUAUCAUGGCAAAUAUGAGACAUUAAAACCAACUUCACAUUCACAAAACCAACCUUACCACUGCAGGUCCAAGUGUCCAUGAAGUUCAACGGUCAGUCCUCAGUGGAGGUUCAGCCUCAUACCAACCUGGAGGAGCUGAAGACGGUGACGUCCAUCAGCAUGUUCAUCAGAGUGGACCCUGACAAAGACCCCAUAGAGGACCGCUUCAUCCUGUACCUGGGAGACAGAAAUGUGAGAAUUAUCAGUUGUUAUACAAAUACCAACUGGGAGACUUCAUUUCACUAAUCUAAAGGAUAAGAUAAAAGACAGACCUUUAUGAAAGUUUAAAAAAUGGAGAACCAAAGUCAUCUGCUUCACAAAUAACUCAUUAAAUACUAAAUUUAAGCAGGAUUUGGGUAAAAUGGCUAAAUAAUCUAAGAUUUAAUUCAAAGUAUAAAAAGUUUGACCCAAUAGAUAAAUCCAAGCGCCACAGGUAUAUUUAUAUUCAGGAGUUAAGUGGAGCUAUGGUCCCAGCUCAGUGAGUGUCUUUGUCUCAGUUUACAAGUACCUUUAAAAAAACUCAUUGUUAUUGUCAGUACCAGUAAUUUAAAAGUUUAAAUAAGUUUCUGUUGUCAAGAAACUCUCCAACAAACUUUUCUGGCGCAGGCUGAUUUCAUUAUUUACUCCAUAAUCUGAGGGGCUGACUUGCUUUGGGAGCCUCAUGUGGUCAUUCCAAGAACUGCACUGGCAUUACCGAUAAAAUAAUGAGUGGCUAAAAGUAACCCAACCAUUACCCAGCACCUGGGUCAUGUUCACCGGGUUGGACUGACCUAAACUGCGAUUUUUUUAAACCCAAAACUUGGAUUGUUUACCUGAUCCAGAGGGUUGUUUCAACCACAGUGCCGGGUCAGUCUCACCCAAACCUUGGGUAUUCAACAUUGUUAAAACUAGUAAAUGCUAGUUUUAAAAAAGAGGUAUAUUAUGUUAUUUUCACUCCCUGCACAUUUCAAAGUGAAGAGAGAGUUUUAGAAAACUACUUCUGCAAAGUACAACCUUAUCUUUUUGAGCCGUUAACCGGACCUCUUCUCUGGUGUGUCAGUCAAGUAUACGGCAAGGAGGUCUAAAACUCCGUGGCCCAAACCUGCUGCUAAGACUUCACGAACUUGCACCCAGCAGCCUUUGGCAGAGCUGAGGCAGGGCUUUCCUCUUGGACAUGAAUACUUUAUAGUGAUUUGGAGGCAGGAAUGACAGGCUCUGAAUGUGAACCCUUGCUCCUUUGAAAAGGUCGCCAAAGAGCCGACAAUAGUUUAUGUAUGUGCCUUCAAAGCUGGAGUUCAUUUACAUAAAUACCAUCAGCCCCCUUCAGACUGAAGCAGUGACCCAAUGAGAGGCCUCUCUCUUCUCUUCACCCUGGAGAUCUCUCUGCAGCUGUAAUGUAUGCGCCGUGUUUGUAUGCAGCUUUUCACUUUGGAAUAAAAGCCCCAGCAUGAGUGUCAUCCACUCCCACCAGUGACGUUCAUGUUUAAGACCGCAAUAUUUCUGUGUAAACUAACAUAAAAGGUCAUUGAGGCAAUGACAGGAAAACAGAGAGAGAAUAAACUCACUGAGAUAAAACAAAGUCUGAGGCUUUUUUUUCUGCUUACAGGGCAGGAAAGACUACAUGGGUCUGGCCAUCAAGAAUGACAACCUGGUGUUUGCGUACAACCUCGGAGGAGAAGAUGUGGAGAUCUCACUCGGCUCAAAGCCUGUCAGCCAAUGGCCUGCAGUCUUCAACUACGUCAAAGUGGAAAGGUAACAUCUAUAGAUCCAGUUUAUGCAGGAAUCCCCUAAAAAGAAAUCAGACGGCUGAUUGUUUCACUUACUGCAGCUCAUUUUGAUGUAAAAGGACUCUGUUUGUGUUCUCUUCGCUUGCAGACUUGGCAGACACGGGAAAAUUUUCCUGACCAUCCCGAGUCAGACUUCCACAGACGAGCAGAAGUUCAUCCAGAAAGGCGAGGCUCUGGGCACCGACUCGCUGUUUGACGUCGACCCCAAGGAUACAGUGUUCUUUAUCGGUGGAGUCCCACCAGACGUCAGGGUAAAAAUAUUCCUUCGUACAAAUAUCCUCACUGAACCAUCAGGGUUUUCCAGAUGUAAUGGGUCUUUAUUUGCCUCUGUUAUUAGCUUCCUCCUCCUCUGAGUCUGGCUCCUUUCGUGGGUUGCAUUGAGUUGAGUUCACUGAACAACGACGUGAUCAGCCUGUACAACUUCAAAGAAACUCACAAAAUGGAUAUACACACAUCAACGCCGUGUCCCAGGUAGGCAUUUUUAUGGGGGAUUACCCUCCUUAUCGCCUUACAACCAAGUCAUACUCAUCAUACACCGUGUAUAUAUUCUGCCACCUCCAAACUCUAACUUUAGGACUGUGCAGAACAUGAGGAAACUCGAAACUAUUAAGAGCUUGUUUGACGCUAUCAACACCUUUAGGUUACCUUGAAAUAAUGUCCCUCUUUCUACGCUCAGGUACAAGUUGGCCUUUUCCCAGAGUCGUAUCACCAGCUACCUGUUUGAUGGAACGGGAUACGCGCUCAUCAAUAACAUCGAGAGGAGGGGCAAAUUUGGCGUGGUCACAAGAUUUGAUAUCGGAGUGCGAACCGUGGCGAACAACGGUGUCCUCUUCCUCAUGGUCAACGAGGUAAAUCUGAGGGUCAAAUUGUGUUGUAUUGUGCGUGAAAUUAAAGGAAAUCUUAUCUCUUAAGUAUCGGUUUCUUUCUGGAUGUAACAAAAGUGCAAAAGGUUUUUAUCGUCUAUUAUCUAAUGUGGUUGAAAUCCUCUUUUCAGGACAAGUUCUUCCUCUUGGAGUUAAAGAGCGGCUAUCUGCGCCUAAUGUACGACUUUGGCUUCAGCAGUGGGCCUCAGCUGUUGGAGGAUAAACUACCAAAGCUGCAGAUUAAUGACGCUCGAUACCAUGAGGUGUGUUUUUCUCCUCGUUUAAGACUUGUGUUGACUCGUGAGUAACUCGUCGCUCUGACAGUCCUUUUCCAUCAUUUCCUCAGGUCUCAGUGAUCUACCAUCAGUCGAAGAAGGUUAUCCUCCUGGUGGAUAAGAGUCAUAUUAAAUCCCUAGAGAAUCCAAAAACCACUCUGCCUUUCUCAGAUAUAUACAUAGGCGGGGCUCCUUCCAGCAUCCUCAAAUCCAGGUGAGUUCCAGUAUAUGUGCAAGCUUUGUGUCUGAUUUACAGGGUAUGGGACUUCCAGGGUUUUACCAUAGGAUUCUGUCUGUGUUUUUUUCAGGCCUGAGCUGUCUGAGGUCAUCGGCCUGAGAGGUUGCGUAAAAGGUUUCCAAUUCCAGAAGAAAGACUUUAACCUGCUGGAGGAGCCCGGCACCAUCGGCAUCAGCAGCGGCUGCCCCGAGGAGUCGUUUGUAAGCUUUCUGCUGCUCCACACACACUGUCAGUGAUCAUGAGCCGCAGGAAUGACAAAUAUGGAUGAAGAGUAGUCCGCACACACACACACUUUCACUCCUGAGUGUGAGGAAUAAUUGACUCUUCUAGUUGAGCGGCUUUUCGCAGGAGGAGUCAAUUGAUAUGUCCAUUUUGGGAUCAGUGAGCUGUGAGCUGAGCGCAGAGUGAAGGUAAUGAAGGUAGUAAAAGUGAGGUAUGUUUUUAUUGUGAUAGAUGUCCCGUAAAGCCUACUUCACCGGAGAGGGUUACCUGGGAUCCACGGCAAAGAUCUCCCCCUUCGACAGCUUUGAGGGAGGACUCAACUUCAGGACUCUGCAGCCUAGUGGACUCCUGUUUUACCACAGUGAAGGGGUAAACACUUAAAAAUAGGAUUAAACAAAUGCAUUUCGCCUUCUCAGUUCUGUUACAUAUGUAUUUUCAUGUGCUACCGUUUUAACGUUUCCCUCUCUCUUCAGUCUGAUGAGUUGAGCAUCUCUGUGGAAAACGGCGCCGUGGUGAUGAACUGCAGAGGGACACGGGUCAAAUCGCACAAGAAGCAGUACAACGAUGGAAGGACACAUUUCCUGGUGGCCUCAGUGAACAAUCAGAAGUAAGUACUCAGAGUGAGCAUGCGCUGGUCUUAGAGUUUAGAUAUCUGUAUAUCCGGUUUACUUAGUUCUUCCAGUAACUAAGUAAUAACGCACGCUAAGUAGAGCUUUUCUUGACCUCCAUGAAGUGGCUCAUGGUAGAUUUGCACUGGAGAGGGAGGUGUUUCUCUGCUUCAGUCUUAUUACCUCCGCCAGGGAGGUUGUGUUUUCGGUAGCGUUGGUUUGUUUGUUUGAUUGACCUGAAAUUUUCACCAGAGGUGCGUCUCAGCCCCCAGAGGAUCACAUUACAUUUUGGUGGUGAUCUGGACAAAAUCCCGGAUACUGUGAUCCAGAACACAUAAAAAUAAGGGUGUCGUUGGAAUUUUCAAUGCUGAAAGAUAACCAAUAGGCGGCAGAGUGGUGUAGAUAGGCGGCACAGUGGUGUAGUGGUUAGCACUGUCGCCUCACAACCAGAAGGUCCUGGGUUCGAAUCCCUGUCGGCAUUACUUGUUUAAGGGGGGACAUGAGCUGCUUGGCGGAGGUCUGCGCUCUCAGAGUGCCUUUCUAGUUUUCCAAUAUGAAAUUGACAUUAAGUUAAAGGGGCGUCCUGAAAAACAGUAACAGGAUCUUAAUACAGACAUGGUUCCAGUUGAAAACUUGAUAUUAUCAAACUGGAAGAGUGGAACAAAUUCGCUUGAGCAGAUGUGACUCCCCGUUACUUUUUGAUGUCCUUGCUAUGUCCACGGCAUUUCCUUGUAUGGUUUUUCCGGGCCUUUUUCAAUGUUACUCUAGUAACCAUGGCAAAGUAGUUUCACUGUUGAGCAUCUGAACUUCAUGACCGACUGGUUCACCUGAACUCAGGUAUUCACUGCUGGUGGACGACAAAGACAAGCAGGAGAAGAAACGUCCAGCAUCAGCCACCAGAUCCUCCUCAGAUUCUGCUGUGAAGAGCUUUUACUACGGAGGGUCUCCGAGCAGCACCUUCAAGAACUUCACAGGCUGCAUCAGUUAUGCCUACAUCAACAGGUAAACUAACACACCAACAGGUAAACCAGAACAGUAUCAGGUUUAACAGCACAGCAGUAGGUAACUUUCUGUUUCCCCUUCUUUGUUUCUGCAGACAGGACCGGGACAUCGAAGCUGAGGACUUCCAGCGAUACUCAGAAAACGUCCAGACUCUCCUCCAGGAUUGUCCAGUCCAGCGUCCCCCAGCUGCUCUGCUUUCACGGUCCAGAGACACGGCAAGAGCCAGACCGGGCCAAGCACAGAAGGUACAAAUGGAAGAGUGUUUGGAGGGUCUACCGUUUAUCACUGAUGCAGAAUGAUUCUGGCCUCCCUUAAGUCCUGUGAACAUCCUUCUAGGUUGUCAGGGAUAAGUCCAACCUCCCUCUGGGCCUGAUGGAGCUGAGGAGUGAUGACCAUGAGCCAUUAGAGCCAAACAUCGAGCCCUGCUACCUCUCCUCCAGUCCCAGAGCGACCCGCCAAGCUUUCCACUAUGGCGGCAUUGCCAACAGCAGGCAGCAGUACGCCGACCUGCCCGACUCCUUCUCUGCGAGGUACGUCAAGCAAAAAGAACCUGAAGGUCAAAUAUUUUUAAAGUUCACUCUGCACACUUCGUUUUUCAAGGGUUUCUUUGUGUCUACACACACGGCUUAAUGCACCUUCCACCCUCAGGUCCCACUUCUCCCUGUCCCUGAGGACGCACUCAUCCUUCGGCCUCAUCUUUUAUGUAUCUGACGCCCACGAGGACAACUUCAUGGCUCUCUACCUCGCCCAUGGGAAGCUUGUAUACACCUUUAAUGUGGGAGACCAGAGGGUCAGAGUGAGGAGCGAGGAGAAAUACGACGACGGCGCAUGGCACAAUGUAAGUCCUGUCCUUCUGUGUACGUGCACGCACGGCUGGAUGAAUGUUUCAGUGAGAUGUCAACAGUUUCUGCAGAGACGAGCUCCUUUCUCCUCCCCGCUGCAGGUUAUUUUUAUCCGUGAUGGAAGUAUGGGGCGCUUAAUAAUUGAUGGGCUCACAGUGCUGGAAGACAGAGCGAAGGGAAGCAACGUCUCCUGGCAUGUCAGCGGUCCCAUCUACAUGGGAGGAGUUCCUCCAGAGAGAGCCCAGAAGAAUAUUCAGGUACAGGCUGGAGUUCAUGUUGAAGAAGUUUGACAUUUACAGCGAACAGAGUAAAUAUUAUAUCAAGGUCUAAAAAAAACACUCACCUAGUAUGAACCUCUGUGAGUUACAACUCUUUUGGGGUUAUCCUUAAUGCACACGGUCAAACAAACACACUCAGCUUUGUUAUGGUUUUAAACUUGAUUUACAUUUCAGCAUCCAAGAGUUCAGGCGUUAACAUUUUCCUUUACUGGAGUCCACGUCUGCAGAAAAAUCUCCUUCUACUGUUGCAGUUUUGCUGCCUUCUUAUCAUGUAGACUCAGUCCUUCGUUCAGGAAUUAGUAACCAUAUGCAUACCAUAUAUCUUUGGUAUGUAUCUAAUAUAUAUAUAUAAUUUUAUUUUAAUGUUUCUUUAACAGGAACAGUACAUACAACACUGCCACAAAAAAUGCUUUAGAGUAGGAUAAAAUAUACAGAAUACUAUAAUAUAUAUGCCUUGGGUCUAUGAUACACUUUCUUGUAUGUCUUUCUGAAUCCCUGUAGUAUGUGAAUAGUCACCCAUCAUCCCACUUUUCCUCCAGCACAGGGCAGGUAUUGCAUUUUUUAAACCCUGAAGUUUUUUGAAAAGUCUUAUUUUUAGACUGCUUCCAAAGUUAACUGUAACGGUGUUUGUCUCAUCUUAAACACAAAUCACCAUAAAUCUUGUCCUCAAUAGUUAUAGCCCAUAUUUUACUUCACAGGUUGAGUAAUUCAAGCACUAUUGACAACUAAAGCUUUAUACAUAUGUGCGAGGAAUCAGAUUUUUGACUGGCGGUUGAUUUUCCAUGAUCUUAAUACAUACUGUGAAACUUUUGUUGGACUCUUAUAAUCUUCUCCCUCCCUGUAGGACAUGUAGAGCUUUAUUUGUACAGCUCAGUAGGUGGUAAGCCAUACUGGGUUCACACAUAGCAAACCAUACCUGAUCUCCUGUUCAAUCUGUUUAAGUGUAAGAAGAUGCCUUUCAAUUACUCAAAAACAGACAUAUGCUGCAGCCGGCCAAAGUUUUGAAACACUUCUCCAAAGUCCAGAUUAACUUCAUUUCAUUGCAAUGUUGUGCAAACUUGGUUGCCUUCAAAUUAAUACUAAGUACAAGAGCGCCAAAGUGACAGGAGUCCAGUUUGAGUAGAAAAUACUGAAGUACAACAAAUACUGAAUGAGACCUCAGCAGUAACAUUUUUCUGUGCAGUGUUUGAUGCCAGAUGGUACAACCCGAGAACAUUUUGCUCUGUGAGAAUGUGGUUUAUUGCCUGUAAAAUAACUUAAUAUUACUCAAAUUUCUACCUCAAAUACCUCCCGAGAUGUUUGUCUAAACUUCUGGUAUGUGUUUUGUUUCCCUGCAGAGAAAUUCUGCUCACAGCUUCACCGGCUGUUUGAAGAACCUACAGCUCAACGGACAGUGGCUCUCCUCCAAGCCGGAGACUUUCGGGGUCACUCCCUGCUUUGAAGGACGUUCAGAGGCAGGGACAUACUUCUCCGAGGAGGGGGGAUAUGUCAAACUAGGUACAUCUCAUUGUUUUCUUUAGCUUCAGACUUCAGAGAUUUCUGUUUUUUUCUAAAUCCAAAGUUUGCAAACUGUUGAUUUUGUGUUAUUUUUUCCCCAAAUGUAACACGGUCUACAUUUGAGGGAGCUGCUCGCCUCUCAAACUGAACAUCUGUUACAUUACAUGCCUCAUUAGAUUUACUUUUGGAAAGCUCCCAAACCCUUCUGGUCUUUCAGUGCCCCUGAGAGCGUCGGGGGGAGUUUGGUGGGUGAGGGAACAUGAUACCCUCAGUGCAGCUGUGGUGAAACUGUGUCUCUGCUGAGGGGGACAGGAGAGGAGCUGGGGGGUUUAGGCUCUUAAAGAACUCAGGUCCUGGACUGCAGCUGCUGAAGGAGUGCAGUAGUUUCACACAUGCACGCUCCGUGCACAGAGAAAGUGUCUGAUAAAUGUGGUGAAGAAGUGAGGCCUGCAGCAGAGAAGGUACCAGAGCUUACUCCAUCUUCCUCUCUUCAGAUGAAACGUUUAACCUCGGGCUGAUGUUUGAGCUGGUGAUGGAGGUGCGCCCCCGUGUGGCGUCUGGAGUGCUAAUGCAUGUGCGCACAGCAGAGGGAUUUUUCAUCAUGUACAUUCAUCAGAGGGAGGUGAGUCAUUCAGAAAGCUUUAGGUACUGAGUUAAAUCUUUUACAUUCAUGAUAUGGAUGUAAUACUGUUGUGAUUGUUUUCAGGUGGUGGUUGUUGUCAGUGAGGGGCCCCAUGAGUUCCACACAAAGGUGUCACCAAAACAGGGUCUGUGUGACGGCAGCUGGCACAAGAUCACUGGUGAGACUUUUUAUCAAUACUUAAGGUUAUUAAGUUUAAAUGUAAAGGGAUAUUUCGAGUGCAUUUUUAAGAGUUCGGUGUCACUAAUAAGUGUAUUAACCGCAAUGGAUGUUGGUCAUCUCUGCCCUUUUAAUGAAAAACUGUUGAGAGAAACAGACGCAAGCUGGGCUACAGUUUUCUGCAGAUGAGGCAAACCCUGAUUCAUCAUAUACACAUCAGAUUUUUUUUGCUGUUCGUUUUCUCUUAACAACUGUAUUUUGAUUUUAUUUUAUAUGUUUGCAAUAAAGACAUCAAACGAGCAAUCAAUCAGACACUAAAGGGAACACUAAGCAGAAAUGGGGACUUGAGUUUGAGACUUGGACUCCAGUCACAACCAAGUUUCACAUGAACGUGACUUUGACUUUUCCAAAUGAUCCCACACAGAGAGAAAAAAAAGAAACUGUGGGUCACAGCACAGCUAAAGUAGGAGAGACAUGGGUGUCAGGGCAGAAUCAGGGUUUAUCAGAGGGUGCCCCAGCCCAAGGAAUGCGUCUUCACUGUCACCCCCUGGUGGUGAAACGAGCAACCUAAUCACCUUUGAUCCACGAAGUCCUUUUCUACUUCUGCAACUCUCUUUAACCCAGGUCUUUGUGAACAACUCAGCCCAUAGUAGUUGAAGAUGCGGAUGCUGAAGAUGAUGAUAUUGUGAUUUCAUGUGGGUGAAAGGAUUAGGAUUAGGGUGAUUGGAGCUGAAGCAGUCUUUGUGGUUUCCUUUGGUCUGAUUGCUCCUUUCUGUUUCGUAUGAUCUCAGUGAUUCGAAAUGCCAACGUCAUCCAGCUGGAUGUGGACUCUGAGGUCAACCACGUGGUGGGACCUCUGAACACCAGCUCCACGGAUGAUAAGACGCCGGUGUUCAUCGGUGGAGCUCCAGGUAAGUUAGGAGAACAUCUCUUAACUUUUUUUAUUCUCACUAAAAAUACAUCUUAACAAUCCUGCCCUUCUCUCUCUCUCUCCUCCCAGAUCUGGUCCUCCCAGAGGGCAUCACCACCAAGAAGGCCUUUGUGGGCUGUAUGAGAAACCUGACCAUCAAUAACAUCCAGGUCAACUUCAGUAAAGCCAUGCUGGUCAGCGGAGCCGUCAGCAUUGGAACCUGCCCGGCAGCAUGAAACCAUCCCAAACCCCAACAUAGCACUGACCAAAAACAUUAAAACUCUUCUCCUGUCUGACAUAACCAAGAAAAGUAUCGUCACUGUCCUUUUUUAUCCCACACUUUGUACCUCUUCCUGUUUGUAACUGUAAUUGUCGGUUUUACUUAAUUGUUACACAUGAUCAUGUUUUGUGCAAAGAGUACGACCAAAUUGCCCAAAUUUAACAAAAUCAAGAUAGAAACCUAAAUUUUCAGAGUAAAAAUGUGAUCAGAUUAAAGUUUAUGAGCCUAAAGAAUAUAUAGUUAUCCACAUAUUUGGCUUAAUAUGAUUAAAGAGCACAAUAUGAGAUCUUAGUUUGUACCAGAGGCUGUAGACUUCACCGCAGGUUUGACUCCCAGCCAUGAUCCUGUGCUGCGCGUCGUCUCCUGCGAUCUCCCCGUCUCUCUGCAGCUGUCUUAUAGUCCUGUAAAGUCACAUUUAAAAAAAGCACAAUAUGAAAGACACGCUCUCUGUCCAACCAUCCAACUUUAUAACUUUUGCACGAGCUCUGAACUUUCCUUUUGUACUGUUUAAUUUGAAAUGAAUUAAAAAUAUUUUACACCCA